UAAUGGCUGCAGGAGAUCAGGACCAGUUUCAGCAGCUGAUGGGCUCGCUCCUGUCUACGGACAAUGAAGUUCGUACGCAGGCAGAGGAGGUGUACAAUGGAUUGCCAUGUGAAACAAAGGUUCCGCACCUGCUCGGCACGAUACAGAACCCCCAGAUAGCGGAAGAUGCCCGGAUGCUAGCGGCGGUCUUGCUGCGACGAUUGUUUUCAUCUGAGUUUCACGAAUUUUACGAACCCCUUCCACCGGAAGCGAAGGAACCGCUGAAGCAACAGAUCCUUCUGACGCUGCAGCAGAAUGAGUCGGGCAGUAUGCGACGAAAGAUCUGCGAGAUGGUGGCUGAGGUCGCACGAUGCAUGAUCGACGACGACGGUAACAACGAAUGGCCGGAGUUUUUGCAGUUCCUGUUUCACUGUCACAACAGUUCGAACGUGCAGCUGCAGGAAGCCGCCCUGCGCAUAUUCGCAUCCGUGCCAGGCAUCUUCGGCAACCAGCAGGCGCAACAUUUGCCGCUGAUCAAGCAAAUGUUUAUCAAAUAUCUGGAGCCGACCUCCGAUCAGGAGGUUCGAUUCCAGGCCGUCCGCGCGUACGGUGCGUUUGUGCUGUUGCACGACAAAGAGGAGGACGUGAAGCGUCAGUUUGCCGAUCUGCUGCCGCAGGUGAUUAUGAUCACGGCCGAAAGUAUCGAGCUGGGCGAUCCGCAGAAUUUGAUGCAGCUGCUGAUCGACAUGGCCGAAGGUGUGCCAAAGUUCUUCCGUCCGCAGCUGGAACCCAUCUUCGAGCUCUGUAUGAAAGUGUUCAGUACGGUGGACAUGGAGGACAACCUGCGCCAUCUGGCUCUGGAGAUGAUGGUGUCGCUGGCGGAAAAUGCUUCGGCCAUGGUGCGUAAACGGGCGGAAAAGUACGUCGCCGCACUGGUACCACUGAUCCUGCAAAUGAUGACCGACCUGGAGGACGACGACGAGUGGUCGGUGUCGGACAAGAUCACGGAGGACGACACGAGCGACAACAACGUUAUCGCCGAGUCGGCCCUGGACCGAUUGGCCUGUGGGCUCGGAGGCAAAACGAUUCUGCCGCACAUCGUAAACAACAUUCCAAACAUGCUGCUCAGCCCGGACUGGAAGCAACGGCAUGCCGCCCUGAUGGCCAUUUCGGCUGCGGGCGAGGGUUGCCAGAAGCAGAUGGAGGCGAUGCUGGAGAACAUUAUGCAGGGCGUGCUGAAGUAUCUGGUCGAUCCUCAUCCGCGCGUACGGUAUGCGGCUUGUAACGCAAUCGGCCAGAUGUCAACCGACUUUGCGCCCAUUUUCGAGAAAAAGUUCCACGAACAGGUCAUACCGGGGUUGCUGAAUCUACUCGACGAUGUGGAAAAUCCGCGCGUCCAGGCGCAUGCCGGUGCAGCUCUGGUUAACUUCAGCGAGGACUGUCCGAAAAACAUUCUGACGCGCUACCUGGACGCGAUUAUGGCCAAGCUCGAAAUGAUUCUGACCACCAAGUUUAAGGAGCUGGUCGAGAAGGGUACAAAGCUGGUGCUAGAACAGGUAGUGACGACCAUUGCAUCGGUAGCGGACACCACGGAGAAGGACUUCGUAGUGUACUACGACCGGUUGAUGCCAUCGCUGAAGUACAUCAUUAAAAACGGUGACACGGAAGAGCUAAAGCUGUUGCGCGGCAAAACGAUCGAGUGCGUCAGCUUGAUUGGUUUGGCAGUUGGUGCAGAAAAAUUCUUGUCGGACGCAUCGGAUGUGAUGGAUAUGCUGUUGAAGACACACACCGAGGGUGAUCUGCCGGAUGACGACCCGCAAACUUCCUACCUGAUAUCGGCCUGGGCACGCAUCUGCAAAAUUUUGGGCAAGCAGUUCGAACAAUUCUUGCCGCUCGUGAUGGGACCGGUUAUGCGGACAGCAUCUAUGAAGCCGGAGGUAGCGCUGCUGGACAACGACGAGAUGCAGGGUGUUGAGAACGAUAGCAACUGGCAGUUUGUGAAUCUGGGCGAGCAGCAAAACUUUGUCAUCCGUACGGCCGGACUGGAGGACAAGGCGUCCGCCUGCGAGAUGCUGGUGUGUUACGCACGCGAGUUGAAGGAUGGCUUUGCCAACUACGCCGAAGAAGUCGUCCGGUUGAUGGUACCGAUGUUGAAGUUCUACUUCCACGAUGGUGUACGAACAGCGGCCGCUGAAUCACUCCCCUACCUGCUGGACUGCGCCAAGAUCAAGGGACCGAACUAUCUCGAGGGCAUGUGGUUGUACAUCUGUCCGGAGCUGCUGAAGGCGAUCGAUUCCGAACCGGAAGCAGACGUACUGACUGAGCUGCUGCAUUCGCUGGCGCGCUGUAUCGAGACGCUCGGCGCCGCCUGUCUAUCGAACGAAGCAAUGGAGGAAGUGCUAAAGAUCAUCGACAAGUUCAUGAAGCAACACUUUGAGAAGGAGGAAAAGCGUGCCCAGGCGCGGAAGGAGGAAGACUACGAUGAUGGUGUCGAGGAGCAGCUCGCCGAAGAAGACGAUGCGGACAUUUAUCUGUUGUCGCGUAUCUCUGACAUUAUCCAUUCGCUGUUCGUCACGUACAAGGAUGCGUUCCUGCCGUCGUUCCAGCGCGUGGUGCCACACUUUGUUAAGCUGUUACAGGCAUCAAACCCGUGGGCCGAUCGACAAUGGGGAUUGUGCAUAUUCGACGAUCUGAUCGAAUACACCGGUCCAUUGUGCGUUCAAUAUCAACCCUAUUUCCUGCAGCCCAUGUUGGAGUAUAUUAAGGAUGAACAACCGGAAGUACGGCAGGCAGCUGUCUAUGGGUGUGGUGUGCUUGGACAGUUCGGUGGUGAACAGUUCGCCGUUACCUGUGCUCAGGCCAUCUCUCUGUUGGUGGAAGUUAUCAUGGCCCCCGACAGUCGUGAACCGGAGAAUGUGAACCCAACGGAAAAUGCCAUCUCAGCCGUGACAAAGAUAUUGAAGUAUAACAACACAGCGAUCCCCAAUCGGGACGAAAUCAUUGCACUAUGGUUCACCUGGUUGCCGGUAGGUGAAGACGAAGACGAGGCCGUGUACGUAUACGGUUAUCUGUGCGAUCUGAUUCAAGCGAACCAUCCUGUCAUACUCGGCGAAAACAACGUAAACCUACCACGCAUCGUAUCGAUCAUUGCGUCCUGUUUCUAUCGAGAAGCAGUAACCGUGCCGCACCCCGAAGCCGAACGGAUGCUCUCGAUCGUGAAGCAGAUCGAAGGUAAUCCGGACCUAUUCCAGGCAUGCAUUAACACACUGUCGGCUGAACAGAAGGCGGCCCUCGAAGGUGCUUACCGGGCGGCAGCAGAAGCGACAGCGGCGGCCGCGGCAGCUGCAGCAUCCGCUGCCGGUGUGACGCAGUAA